GUUGUUUUAAAACCGAUUUAUUCUAAUAAAGGAGUAAAUGUUUACGUAAGAAGCAAUACGAAAUGGAUUAAUUUGUUCCCGAUCUCCAAAACAAAGGAAAAAAAUCAACUGAUACAGAAAUAUUAAUAGACUUCAUGGAAAGAAAUCCUGAUAUGUUAACACACAGUGCAUCAGCUAUAGCUUCAAAAAUGAAAAAUGAACGUUACGCUUUCAUUACGACAGAGAUGUUUGCGAGAGGAAGAAUUUUGUUGUUAUUUCAAGGCAAAUCAUCACUGAGUGAAGAUAAUUUUAAGUCCAUUCUAUCAGGAUAUUUGCUUAGAAAAGAUUUUCCAUACAAAAGAUCAAUCAACAAAAUCAUAACUCGUUUAUUUGAGGUUGGAAUUCUACAACAUAUUGUAGGAAAAGAGCAUUAUAGUCAGCAUGAAGAUAAGGAUAAAGUUCACCCAUUAAAGCUAGAAGAACUUGCAGGAAGUUUCGUUGUUCUUCUUAUUGGAUAUAUAUUAUCUCUUCUUUCUUUUAUUGGCGAAUUGCGUAAAGUUAUUACAUUUUUCAUGUUUAAAUCAAGUAAUAUUUUUCGGAUACCCGAACAACUAAAAUUAUGGAAGUUGGAAUAUUAUUGCUUGGUGACUUUUUGA